GAUGAGCACUACAGUGUGUUACCACUGAAGCUGAGAGGGUAGACCAACGCAAACCGAGGGUAGCGCAAGGAUUGGACUGGGUGAAUGCAGCCCUCAACAGUGGCGAUUGCGGCAUUCUUUUCCACCAUUUUUGGGGAGAUAAGAGGACACCCAAAGUAACAUGAACAUUCGUCGAAGGGUCAUGUUUCGUUCAUAAGGCUAACAAUUUACUAUUCGUGUCAUCAGGCAGUUAUCUGAAUGCAUAUUUCAUAGUUGGCAAGCUGUAUUUUUUUUCUUCUGAAAUUGUUGACUUUUAAAAAGACUGAGGCGGCUGAGUAACGUUAAACGAAAUAAGGAGCCGAUAGUCCACCAUGGAUAACGCUCACACAAAGAGUGUUGAAGAAGUUUAUUGCGAUUUUUCUGUCAACGAAAGCACAGGACUUGGUUUGGACCAGGUGAAACGUCAGAAGGAGAAAUGGGGCUCGAACGAGCUACCUGCUGAAGAAGGGAAGUCUCUAUGGGAGCUUGUUGUUGAACAGUUUGAAGAUUUACUUGUAAGAAUUCUUCUGCUGGCAGCUUGUAUAUCUUUUGUCUUGGCCUUAUUCGAGGAUGGAGAAGAAACAAUCACAGCCUUUGUGGAGCCUUUUGUAAUCUUACUCAUUCUUAUAGCCAAUGCCAUAGUGGGUGUGUGGCAGGAACGCAAUGCUGAGGAUGCCAUUGAAGCCCUUAAAGAGUACGAGCCUGAGAUGGGCAAGGUCUACCGCCAGGACAGGAAGACCGUUCAGAGGAUCAAGGCCAAAGAAAUCGUGCCUGGAGACAUCGUGGAGGUUGCCGUUGGAGACAAGGUUCCUGCAGACAUCCGUCUUACAUCCAUCAAAUCUACAACCCUGAGAGUAGAUCAGUCCAUCCUGACCGGCGAGUCGGUCUCUGUCAUCAAGCACACGGACCCAGUGCCUGACCCUCGAGCUGUCAACCAGGACAAGAAGAACAUGCUCUUCUCCGGCACCAACAUCUCGUCUGGCAAGGCUAUUGGUGUGGUGGUGGCCACGGGCGUGAACACUGAGAUUGGUAAGAUCCGUGAUGAGAUGGCAGCCACUGAGCAGGAGAAGACCCCCCUGCAGCAGAAGCUGGAUGAGUUCGGGGAGCAGCUGUCCAAGGUCAUCUCCCUGAUCUGCAUCGCUGUGUGGAUGAUCAACAUCGGCCACUUCAACGACCCCGUCCACGGAGGCUCCUGGAUCCGCGGCGCCGUCUACUACUUCAAGAUCGCCGUGGCCCUGGCCGUGGCCGCCAUCCCCGAGGGUCUGCCUGCUGUCAUCACCACCUGCCUGGCCUUGGGCACUCGCCGCAUGGCCAAGAAGAACGCCAUCGUCCGCAGCCUGCCCUCUGUGGAGACCCUGGGCUGCACCUCUGUCAUCUGCUCCGACAAGACCGGCACCCUCACCACCAACCAGAUGUCUGUCUGCAGGAUGUUCAUCAUUGACCAGGCCGACGGGAACAGUUGCUCUCUGAAUGAGUUCACCAUCACUGGCUCUACUUACGCACCUGAAGGAGAAGUGUACCAGGAUGGCAGACUAGUGAAGUCCUCUGCGUAUGAUGGUCUAGUGGAGAUUGCCACCAUCUGUGCCCUGUGCAAUGACUCCUCUCUGGACUUCAAUGAGGCCAAAGGUGUGUAUGAGAAGGUUGGCGAGGCUACAGAGACGGCUCUCACCUGCCUGGUGGAGAAGAUGAAUGCGUUUGAUACCGAUGUCAAAGGCCUGACCAAGAUCGACAGGGCCAACGCCUGCAACUCUGUGAUCAUGCAACUGAUGAAGAAGGAAUUCACCCUGGAGUUCUCCAGAGACAGGAAAUCCAUGUCUGUGUACUGCACCCCCAACAAGGCCCGCUCCUCACUUGGAAAGAUGUUUGUCAAGGGUGCCCCCGAGGGAGUUAUUGACAGAUGUACUCAUGUCAGAGUGGGCACCUGCAAGGUUGCCAUGACCCCGGGAAUCAAAGAGAGGAUCAUGUCUACGAUCCGUGGGUACGGGACUGGGCGUGACACCCUGCGCUGCCUGGCUCUGGCCACCCGGGACACCCCACCCAGGAAGGAGGACAUGGUGCUGGUUGAUUGUGCCCGCUUCGUUGAUUAUGAGUCUGACCUGACCUUCGUGGGCUGCGUUGGCAUGCUGGACCCUCCCAGGACCGAGGUGGCUGCCUCCAUCAAGCUGUGUCGCCUAGCCGGCAUCCGCGUCAUCAUGAUCACCGGCGACAACAAAGGCACUGCCGUGGCCAUCUGCCGCCGUAUCGGCAUCCUGGGUGAGGAAGACGACGUGGACAAAAUGGCGUUCACUGGCCGCGAGUUUGACGACCUGUCCCUUCAGGCCCAACGCGAUGCUGUUAUCAACGCCCGCUGCUUCGCCCGUGUCGAGCCCUCCCACAAGUCCAAGAUCGUUGAGUUCCUGCAGGCCAUGGACGAGAUCACAGCCAUGACUGGUGAUGGAGUGAACGAUGCUCCUGCCUUGAAGAAGGCAGAGAUUGGCAUCGCCAUGGGCUCUGGCACUGCCGUGGCCAAGUCAGCCUCUGAGAUGGUCCUGGCCGAUGACAACUUUUCUUCCAUCGUGGCGGCUGUGGAGGAGGGCAGGGCCAUCUACAACAACAUGAAACAGUUCAUCCGCUACCUCAUCUCCUCCAACGUGGGAGAGGUUGUCUGUAUCUUCCUGACGGCUGCUCUGGGCUUCCCUGAGGCUCUGAUCCCCGUUCAGCUGCUGUGGGUCAACCUGGUGACAGAUGGUCUCCCUGCCACUGCACUGGGCUUCAACCCCCCAGACCUGGACAUCAUGAACAAGCCCCCCCGCAGUGCCAAGGAGCCCCUCAUCUCCGGAUGGCUCUUCUUCAGAUACCUGGCCAUCGGCUGCUAUGUGGGAGCUGCCACAGUGGGAGCCGCUACCUGGUGGUUCGUGGCUGCUGAGGAUGGCCCUAUGAUCUCUCUGUACCAGCUGAGCCACUUCCUGCAGUGUUCCCCUGACAACCCUGACUUCUCAGACCUGGAGUGUCAUGUGUUUGAGUCCCCCUACCCAAUGACCAUGGCCCUGUCUGUGCUUGUCACCAUUGAGAUGUGCAAUGCCCUUAACAGCCUGUCAGAGAACCAGUCCUUGCUGCGUAUGCCUCCCUGGGAGAACAUCUGGCUGCUGGGGGCCAUCUGCCUCUCCAUGUCCCUCCACUUCCUCAUCCUCUAUGUGGAGCCACUGCCUGUCAUCUUCCAGAUCACCCCUCUGGACCUGACCCAGUGGCUGGUGGUGCUGAAGAUCUCCCUGCCCGUCAUCCUGCUGGAUGAGCUGCUAAAGUUCGUGGCCAGGAACUACCUGGAACCCGGUAACCAGCCAGAGUCUAAGUCAGCCAGCAAAGGCUGGUCCCUCUCUGCAUGCACAGAGGGCAUCUCCUGGCCCUUUGUGGGCAUCACCCUCCCCCUGGUGCUGUGGCUCUACAGCAUCGACACUAACGUGUCUGCCCUGUUCUGGUCCUGACUACACCACACAACCCUCCCAGUGCACCAGUGUGAGUGGAGAUUAACACACAUCUAACAAAAUCCCCCAUUAACCAGGAUCAACUACAACAACCACAUCAACUGCAGUGAGAGCUCAAGUCAACAUUUGUACCUGUGUUGAUGACAGAUGUAAUCUGUGAGCCCUCUGCUGGUUCGUCUCCAGGACAUUUUCACCAUUCCGCUUUUUUAUUCAUAUUUUUAAUGUGUUUUGUUUGUCAUUUGGCCAUGUCUUUAAUAUCAAGCUUUUGGUUAUUUUUUUGCUCCCCAUUCUUUUUGAACAGGCAUAAAAAAAUCUGCUAUUUAGGAGCUGUUCUGUGUACAGAGAAUUAACACUAUUUUAUCAAAAUUAAGAUUUUUGUAGCUUUGGGAAGGCGGGGGGGCAGCGCACAGAACUCAAACGUUUCACUUGUUUUCAGUGUGAACUUUGACCUCUGAAGAACUUGUAGAUAACUAUGCUGUGCCAUAACUGUAAGGACCAUCAUUUGCACUGAAUCAGAAGUCUGUACCAAAACUGCAUGUAUUCUGCCCAGGCAUGAAUAACGGGGAUUUCUUCACCAAAUUAAUGAUUGUUCGUUCCCCUGUUUGCUUUUUUCGUGUUUAUUUUCUGCUCUAGUCUAGAGCACAGCUACCUCAAUGCUAUUGAUAUCACAAUUGAUUACUACCUGUUUUCCUCAGUAAGCUUUUCAUAAACAUUGUCAUAUUGAGUGUUGAGGUAUGUGCCAUUUCGCUUGUGAAUAAGGAAAUCUAGAGCCCUCAUUUGCAUUUUUAUGUUGCUUUUUUUAAAGUUAAUCUGUGUUCUUUUGAUGUUCCUUGAGGGAGGUUAAGGUUAGGAGAAAUAUGUAAAUGUUACCUUAGUUCAAUUCAAAGCAGUUUUUUGUAAUAUAGACAAGCCUGUCGUUAAACACGUUUACUUGAACACAAUAUAUUCUGUCUUUUCAUUAAGGUUAACUUUUUUAUGUUUGGUCUUCAUUUAUGGACACUGUAGUGUCUUAUUACAAUAAUUCUAUAGAUUAAGUAUUGUGCAUAUACUGUACUUUAAUAUGUAUAAACACACCAAGUGGUGGAUUUUCUUAUCAGUUUAGCACAAGAUGGAUGCUUUGAUGGGAUUGUUGUGGUCAGCACUCCCUAUUGGGGUGGAUCACUAAGCAGACUGAUUUGGCCAUAGUAUAUAGGCCCAAUGCUAAAAUGACUGGCUUGUAGAAGAGUCUGUACAUAUAACUCAAAAUAGUAUCUGUGUAUAGAGUUUUAAAGAUGCUCCAUAACUUUUACACUAGUUUUACUUGAGCGUGUUUUAGAAACACUGUAGGUAAUGGGUAUUCCUAGAAAGCAUGCUUUUUCCAAUACCAUGCCAGUAAAUGCUUGAGUGUUCUUAAACCUAACUGCUAUUUCUUCCAAUCAGUGGUGCAAAGAAUACCCAAUUGUCAUACUUGAGUAAAAGUCUAAAAGUAUUUGAUUUUAAAUACAUUUUUACUAUUGAUAUGUAAGUAUAUAAUUUAAAAUAGCUUAUUAUGCAAACCAGAUGGCACAAUUGUUUUUAUUUACAGAUAGCCAGGGUCACACUCCAACACUCAUUUACAAAUGAAGUGUUUGUGUUUAGUGAGUCUGCCAGAUCAGAGGCAGUAGGGUGUGUCAAUUGGACCAUUUUCUGUCCUACUAAGCUAUCAAAACUUGAAUGAGUAUUUUGGGGUGUCAAGGAAAAUGUAUAGAGUAAAAAGUACAUAAUUUUCCUUAGGGAUGUAGUGAAGUAAAAGUUGAAAAAUAUAAAUAGUAAAGUACACAAAAAGAUGUACUUUAAAGUAAUUUUGCUUAAGUACUUUACACCACUGAAUGUCUUACUGCAUUUAUUCUCAUCUUUCUGUUUGCAUGUGGCAUGGCCCUAGACAUGACUGUAGGAAAUGAAGCAGUAGAUGACCUAAUGGCUUUCUGUUCACCAUCCCUUUUUAAAUUCCCAGUGAGAGAGACAUGUCUCUGUUUGCAUCGUUGCUUUUUUGACCGAUGCCUUGUUUCUGUCUGUCCUAUGAUUGAUUUGGUUUCUCCCUGUCUUUCUCUCUCCUCUCUCUGCAGCUAGUGCCGUGUAAGCCCGCUCCUCCUAUAAAUCCCUUGUAGGAACUGCUUUAGUGUUGUGCAUGUGUUUUGAGCAGCACAUCUUCCAAGACCUGCAUGUCAAUAAAGAAGAGCUAUCAAGACAUGAUUGAUACAUUUCAUAAGCAAUUACAUGACAAAAAAAAGUAAUCAAAUGGUAUAUAUUUUUUAACUGAAUGGGUAUACAUGUUUUUGGAAUCAAAUGAACCAAUCCCAGGUCCCUCCAUCCUUACUACAUGAAGCGCCAUAGGCUACGUUUAUACAUGACAGCCCAUUUCUGGUCUUUUGCCCAAUUAUUGGCAAAAGUAGAAAAAUAUCAGAAUUGGGUUGCCUGUGUAAAUGCAGCCUUCAAACUAGACACAGAGUUCCUAUGUUAUCUUAAUGUACACUUCCAUGAUGCAGGUCCUCUGAAGCAGCCAUUUUAUCAGAUGUGUAAUAAUUAAUGUAUUGAUAAAUUAAAUGGACAAUAGUACAAAUGUUAUCUUUUCCUAAGGAACUCUUUUUGGGGGGAUGUGUAAAAUAACCAAAUAGACUUUUCUUUGCGCUGAAUGUGCAAAAAUUUUUAAGCAUCUGGGAAGGCGGAGGUGUGGCGAUAGAUCCAUUACCCUGAAAGGAAGUCAGUCGCUUCAAUGGUACACAUGUGCCAAACUCAUUUCAGAGCUGACGAUUGUAUAGUCAUGACUUGUGGUUUCAGGUAAAUAAAGCAAUUCUACAUUAA